CAAACAUAAAAUAAAAUAAAAACAAGCCUCUUUUUGAUUCCUGAUAUUUUCUCAAUCGCAUUUUUCUUGUCCAUCUCCCCUUAGCUCGCAAAAGCUCAUAGAAUCAUGGGAGCCUGUGCGAGCAGACCUAAGGAUUUGGAUAAAGAGUUGGCCCCUGCCCCCGUCGAGGAACCUGCCACCCCCAAGAAAACUGAGCAGGAAACUCCUGCUCCUCAGGAGAAGAAAGAUGGGGACGAGGCUAAGAAGGAAGAGCCUUUGGUAGAUGUGUCAGAACCAGCACCAGAGGCUCCCAAGAUUGAGGAAGUAACCGUUGCUGCAGCCGCCACCGAGGAGGUGAAGCCGGCAAAGGAGGAGGAGGAGACACCCAAAAAGGCUGAGGAAGCCAAAGUUGAGGCUGUGAAGGAACAGCCAACAGAGGAGAAGAAGGUUGAGGAGACCCCAAAAGCUGCUGCCCAAUAAACAAUAACAAAAAAGCACAAAUCUUAUAUCCCUUGUUAAUUUUUUUUCCAUCUAAUUUUUGUUAUGUCAUAUAUUGGAAUGUUUGCUAGCUUUUUUUGAUUUGUUGUGGAUCAUGUAAGUAAAAGAAACAAAAAAAUAAAUAAAGAAGAGAUUCCAAAGAUGGUUGUCCUGUAA